UGGGCCCCAUAUUAUUAUAUUAACGCUUCAUAUUGUUGUAUCUACGUGUACCGUAACACAGCUGAACUUUUUUUUGGUCUAUAAAAUAAGAUGAGAAGCAACCGUUAACUCUGUUUCAGAGUCCCUCCACUUUGUUUUUCCCGAAAUCUCCACCUGACUCUACUCAGCACUGAGAAAGAAGAAGAGAUCAAAGGAAUCGCAAAAUCAGGAUAGAGAAACUAGGGUUUCGAUGAUGCAGGUGUGGCGUGACUGUUGCAGAGGAUGUAAGAGGGCCACUGUUGUCACCGAUCACGUUGAGAGAAGGACACGAUGCUCCCAUUGUGGUCUUGAAAUUAAAUAUCACUCUGUCGAAGAUGGUGUCGAUGUUAAAGAGAACGAUACUGUUCGUCGUCUCAGUGAUCCUCCGAUAAGCAAUAGUGGUCUGUCCAUUGUCACAACCAGGUCCACCACAGAUCCCGCGAAUGGUUCCUUUGUUGAUUUCUUGUCCCCUAAUCUUGAAGAUUCGUUGAAACCAGUCUCUACCGUAGACACCGAGCUGAAGAAUGGUUCCUCCAAUCGUUUCUUGUCCCUUACUCUUGGAAAUACUCAGAACCCCGAGAUGAACACUGCUUCUUCCGAUGAAUAUUCGCUGAAACCUGGCUUUGAUACAGGCUCUAUCGUUACCACCGAGCUAGAGAAUGGUUCCUCCGAUGAUUUCUUGUCCCUUACUCUUGGAAAUUCGCAGAAUCCCGAGACGAUUACUGCUUCUUCCGAUGGUGUCAUCGUCUCCAUCUCAGCUAUCUCCGAUGGGUACCGUUAUUUCAUUCUUUCUCUUCUUAGACAAGAACUUCAAUCACACAUGCAGAGAAUUUAA